UCUCUCACUUUCAGUCAGAGACGUCACCAGCAUUUUGCUCACCUACCUCUCUCUCUCUCUCUCAUAUUUUACAUUUUUUCUUUUUCUUUUUUCCUUUCUCAGUGAUUUGGUCACUCUCUCAGAAUGUUGAAUCAAAGUAUCAAACUCUCUCUCAAAGUCAUACACCAAAAAAAUUGAAAAAAAAAAAAAAAAACUCCAUUUUCAAUUGAGCAAAGUGCAUAGUGGAAAGUACAGGCUGAAUAUAACAUUUAUUUUCUGUGGGGUCCAGACCCCACCACCAUUCUCGUCCACCUCCUUGACAAUGCUGCUACUGGGUUUCACCCAACUCCCCCAACAAACUCCCCCUCCUCACCAACCACAAAGCCUUUGCAUUUUUGUCUAAAUAAGCCUUUCUGUUCCUUUGUUUCCCAGAUUGGUUUCUUCUUUCUAUGUUUGUUUGUAUUUGUGUUUUUUUUUAUGGCUCUCAAAGCUUCUCCUAUCUGGGUUUGUCCCAGAACCCCUUGUUCUGAUUUGGGGUCCUCAGAUUUGUGGUCUAGGAAUUCUGGGUCAGCUUUCAAUUUGAGGUUCGAUUUGGAAAAGUCUCGCAAAUGGGAAUGUUGUUGUUUGGCUGUUUUGGCUCAGAGAGCUAUUACUUCUGUGGAAGAUGAGAAGCCAAACGUGUCUGGUGUUGAACCUUCUUGGGGCAUUGAAAGGACUCAGGGCAAUGAGUCCAGAGGAUUUCACAAGGAUUUGAACCUUCUUCCUAAACCUUUGUCUGCAAAUGACUUAUCUUCUUGUUCAAAAGAUGGUUCAAAAGUGCGGGUUGCCUAUCAGGGGUUACCAGGAGCAUAUAGUGAGGCUGCAGCUCUUAAGGCAUACCCCAAGUGUGAGACUGUCCCAUGUGACCAGUUUGAAGAAGCAUUCAAGGCUGUUGAACUGUGGUUGGUGGAUAAAGCAGUUCUUCCAAUUGAGAAUUCUGUGGGUGGGAGCAUUCACCGUAAUUAUGACUUGCUCCUUCGCCAUAGGCUGAACAUAGUCGGGGAGGUGCAGUUGCAAGUUAAUCAUUGCCUUUUAGGGUUGCCCGGUGUAAGAAAGGAGGAGAUAAAAAAAGUUUUGAGCCAUCCUCAGGCUCUUGCUCAAUGUGACAUAAUGCUUAGCAAUUUAGGUGUUGUCAGAAUAAAUACUGAUGAUACUGCCGGUGCUGCUCAGAUGGUGGCGUCAACUGGCCUAAGAGAUACUGGAGCUGUUGCAAGUGCUAGAGCUGCAGAAAUAUAUGGGCUUGAUGUACUUGCUGAAAAAAUCCAGGAUGAUGACGAUAAUAUUACUCGUUUUCUGGUGCUUGCAAGAGAACAUAUAAUUCCAGGAACUGACAGGCCCUAUAAGACAAGCAUUGUUUUUACAUUAGAAGAAGGUGCUGGUGUACUAUUCAAAGCUUUGGCAGUGUUUGCUCUCAGGGACAUUAAUUUGACAAAGAUUGAGAGUCGCCCACAGAAACAGCGUCCUUUAAGAGUUGUUGACGAUUCCAAUGAAGGGAGCGCCAAGUAUUUUGACUACAUGUUCUACAUCGAUUUUGAAGCUUCUAUGGCAGAGCCUCGCGCCCAAUAUGCUUUAGAACAUCUGCAGGAAUUUGCAACAUUUCUUCGUGUACUUGGUUGCUAUCCGAUGGAUACUGGUCUAUAAAAGAUCCUCUCUUGAGUCUAUUAUACUUGGGAUGGCCAAUUCUUCAAUGCAGAAGUUCAACCAUCGAUGUUGUACAUAUAUUUGAUCCCUUCUGAAGCCAACGCCUGGAAGAGGUUCUUCUUGAAUUAGAGCCAAGUUUCUGAUCAGGAGGACAUUUUCUUCUGCAGGAUCAUUCUCUUUCUCUUUCAGAAUUCUUUCCAUCUCCUAAUGGAGGUGUUGUGGGAUAUCACAAUUUCAGGCAUAACACACAAAGGCAUAACCUUAUGUGGUUUAUACGCACUUGUGCAGGGAUUUUAGGAUGUAUUGAACUAAUAAUUCAUUAGAUUUUUUUUUUUUUGAAUUUUUUUAUUCUUAUCUGCAAGACAUUUUGCUUAUCAUGGUUUGUAAGCAUUUACAUUUCUUUUCUAGAGGCUCAGAGAAAUUGACUUAAUUGACCUAUAUUCUUCUUUUGAAAAGAAAAGAAAUCACUUAUCAUCA